GUGAGUGAGGGGGAGGGAAAGCCCCAGCACUGUAAAUAGAGCAGCACUGCCUUACAGAGGCCACCUGAACGGAGAGCUGCUCCUCAACCACAGUUAUUUACCAUUAACUCUUAGAACGGAAUAAAAGACCAAGAUCAACAUGCGUGAGUGCAUUUCUAUCCAUGUGGGUCAGGCGGGUGUGCAGAUGGGCAAUACUUGCUGGGAGCUGUACUGUCUCGAACAUGGCAUUCAGCCUGACGGACAAAUGCCCAGUCGCACCCCUGUAGGCGGCCAUGAUGACUCUUUCACUACCUUCUUCAGUGAGACAGGUGCUGGCAAAUACGUUCCACGGGCUGUCUUUGUAGAUCUGGAACCAUCAGUCAUUGAUGAGGUUCGCACAGGGCCGUAUCGUCAGUUAUUCCACCCUGAACAACUGAUCUCAGGAAAAGAAGAUGCUGCCAAUAAUUAUGCCCGUGGGCACUACACCAUUGGAAAAGAGAUUAUUGAUUCAGUCUUGGACCGUGUUCGCAAACUGACUGAUCAGUGCACUGGUCUGCAAGGCUUCCUCGUGUUCCACAGCUUUGGUGGAGGAACUGGGUCUGGCUUCACCUCACUGUUAAUGGAACGCCUUUCUGUUGACUAUGGCAAAAAGUCCAAGCUUGAGUUUGCCAUCUAUCCAGCUCCUCAAGUGUCCACAGCAGUGGUGGAGCCCUACAACUCCAUCCUGACCACUCACACCACCCUGGAGCACUCAGAUUGUGCUUUCAUGGUAGACAAUGAAGCCAUCUAUGAUAUUUGUCGUAGGAAUCUGGACAUUGAGCGACCAUCUUAUACCAAUCUCAACAGGCUGAUCAGCCAGAUAGUGUCCUCCAUCACUGCCUCUCUCAGAUUUGAUGGAGCUCUGAAUGUAGAUCUAACAGAGUUUCAGACCAACUUGGUGCCCUACCCUCGUAUUCACUUCCCUCUGGCCACCUAUGCUCCUGUGAUCUCUGCUGAAAAAGCUUACCAUGAACAGCUAUCAGUUGCUGACAUCACUAAUGCCUGUUUUGAGCCCUGCAACCAGAUGGUGAAGUGCGACCCUCGUCAUGGUAAAUACAUGGCCUGCUGUCUUCUGUACCGUGGAGAUGUGGUGCCCAAAGAUGUCAAUGUAGCAAUUGCAGCUAUUAAGACCAAGAGGAGCAUCCAAUUUGUAGACUGGUGUCCCACUGGUUUCAAGGUGGGCAUCAACUACCAGCCCCCUACUGUGGUUCCUGGAGGAGACCUGGCAAAGGUGCAGAGAGCUGUGUGUAUGCUGAGCAACACCACAGCCAUUGCUGAAGCCUGGGCCCGUCUGGAUCACAAGUUUGACCUGAUGUAUGCCAAAAGAGCCUUUGUGCACUGGUAUGUGGGAGAGGGCAUGGAGGAAGGAGAGUUUGCAGAAGCAAGAGAGGACAUGGCAGCUCUGGAGAAGGAUUACGAGGAGGUGGGAAUUGACUCUUUUGAGGAAGAUGAGGAGUUUGAGGAAUAUUAGCUUUGCUCAUAAACUGUACUUUUUCUGUUAGUGAGAAUUUUUAGUGUGCUUCUAAAACAAAAUGUAAACUGUUGUUUGUGUCUAUCAAAAUUAAUAAUAAAAAAGAUGCUGAUCUACAUUA